AUGACCUCUCCUCCGUCCGGUGGCCAGAGCCACCUCCUGCAGGUGGGCGUGCCCAACUUGAUCCUUGUGCCGAAGAAGCGCGGCGAGAAGGCCCCCAUGUCGAAUGAGCUGCGCAAGUACGUCAAGAAGACCUACUUCACGCAGGACACCGUGCCGCACCCGUCGCUGCUGGCCACCACGAUCCCGCCGCCCGGGAGUGUGGACCCGCUGGGCCGGCCGGCCGGCGCGGCGGGCACCGCCACCGCCACCGCCACCGCCGGCAAGCCCCGGUACACCUCCAUGGACGAGGUGGCCAUCGACCAGGACAUCCUGCAAUUGGAGUCCCUGCGCGAGCAUCUGGUCCUCGGGACCGCCUACAAUGCGGUGGUGCACCAGGCGGCCGAGGCUCCGGCCGGCGGCGGUGCCAGCGAUGUGGUGGCCGAUCGCCACAUCGAGUACAUGUUCCAGCUGUCGCACGCGGCUCGGCGCUUCCCGGUCAACGAGAAUAGCAUCAAGCUGUCCUUUGUGUGGUGCCUGUCGCUGAACAACAAGAAGAAGUACGCCAUGACCAGCAUGCAUUACGAGCGUGCGGCCAUCAUGUUCAACCUCGGCACGCACUAUGCCCAGGUGGCGUGCACCGCGCUGGCGGACGUGACCCCGGCCGCCACCGGCGCCGGCGGCUUCUCCCAGAGCGUCUCCAACACGGCCCUGUUCGGGGCCCUGCGCGACGCGUGCCACUCGCUGCAGCAAGCUGCCGGGGUCUUCGAGGAGUUGUCCGACUACUCCGCCCGGUAUCUGCCCUCCUCGCCGGCGGGCGAUCUGUCGCGGCACUUCACCGGGGCCUUGGCUCGGCUGUGCCUGGCCCAGGCGCACGAGUGCGUUGCCCGGCGGUCGGUCAUUGAGGAGUACAACUCCGAGCAGUCGGCCACCGCCGGCGGAGCAGCCGACACGGCCCCCUCUCGCCGGGCGGCCAGUGCCGCCACUCUGGUCACCAAGCUCCUGUCCACGGCCGGGGCCCUGUACGACGAGGCCACCGACUGCCUGCGCGAGGCGAAGAACGCCUACAAGGACCUGUCGCCGACCAUCCAGGAGUGGAUCACCUUCACCUCCAUGAAGGCCCUCAUGUACCACGCCUGGGCCCAGUGGCGUCUGUCGGUGGUGGACCGCAAUGCGGAGCGGAUCGGCCCCGAGAUCGCCCGGCUCAAGGUGGUCGUCGAGCACCUGAACAUGCUGAACAAGAUUUCCAAGUCCAGCCCCUCGCCCUCGCUGUCGUCCAUCACCUCGCUCUCUGGGCUGGCCAGCCUCAGUCUGUCCGGCACGCCGUCGGCACAGUCGCCCCUGGGCAUGCUGACGGCCGAGGCCAAGAAACUCCUGGCCAUGGCGUCCGAUCGCCUGGUCUCGGCCGAGAAGAACAACAACCUGGUUUACCACGACCCGGUGCCCGAGAAUGUGCACAAGCUGGAUGAGGGCCGUGACGACCGGAUCUCCAUUGUCCGCGCGGCCCAGCUGGCCAGCGUGCCGCCCACCGUGAAGCCGCUGUUUGAGAAGCUCGUCUCUCCCCUGGUCAAUGAGGCGGUCCUUCGGUAUACCGCUCUCAAGAAUGAGAAGAUCAAUGCCGAGGCCGGUCGUCUGGCUGAGGCUACUCGCUCCAUGGGCCGCACUAUCGCCGAGCUGAACCUUUCCUCGCUGCUGCACCUGAACUCCAACAGCGACCCCUCGCAGGUUAUUCCCACCGCCCUGCUGGAGCAGGCACGGCAGAUUCGCAACUCGGGCGGUGCCGCUGGCCUGGAGGAACGCUGGGUCAACCUCGGAAAGAUGUCCGCCUCUUGCCGGAAGAUUCUCAACGACGCUCUUGCCCAGCUGGAUGAGGAGGAGCGCUUCUCGCAGAACCUGCGGCACAUGCAUCCGACGCGCUACACGGCGGCCCCGUCGAGCGCGCUGACCGUGCGCCUGCGCGAGGAAAUUCGCGAUCGCAUGUCUCUUCUGGACCGCGUGGCGGCCAGUGACAAGAUCGUGCGCGAGCGCAUCGACGCCGCCCGGCCGAAGAUGCACAUCAUCGGCCGCGAUGAGCAGGAGCUGCUGGCCUCGGUUCCCGGGUCUCGUGGCCAGCGAACCACUGACGCCUCCCAGAGCAGUGGCAUUUCCGAGCUGCAGGCUCUGGUCGAUCAGCAUCAGCAUAUUCGCGCGACCCACAACAGCCUCAUGCAGAAGAUCCUCGACACCAUGGAUUCCGACGAUCCGUACCCCUCUCUGGCCGAUGCCGAUCGUGCCAGCAACAUCGACAACAUCAGCCCGCUGAUGGCCAUGCUGGAGACCCGCCUGGACCAGACGUACGCCGGACUGAUUGAGAACAUCAACCAGGAAAUUGCCGCCACGGCCCGCUACUGCGAGUCGCUGAAGGACGCGCACAGUCGGUACACGGCCGCCGCCGGGCCGCUGCAUCAGACGCGCGAUCCGCUGCAGGUCUUCCUCCAGGACCUGGAGGCGGCCUGCUCCACGGUCAGCGUGCGCGAGGACAUCGACAGCGGCUUGCAGUUCUAUUCGGAGCUGGACCCGCUGGUCCGGCGCCUGGCCAGCACCAUCGGCGACUAUGUGGUCGGCCGGCAUAUGGAAGCUCGGGAGAUGAUCGGCCACGAUGUGCCGGGUCUGCCGGCGGCCGGCGGCGGGUCGGCCGGCGGCGGGGCCCCGCAUGGUCAGUCGCCCUACCAGCAGCCGCAGCCGCAGCAGCACCAGACCCCUGCGACCGGGGCCCCGGGAGGUGGCUACCCGCAGCAUGGCCACCAGCAGCCGCCGCAGCAGCCUGCUCCCUAUCAGUCGACCCCGUAUCAGCAGCAGCCGGCCCAGCAGCAGCAGCAGCAGCAGCAGCAGCCAGUUGGGCCUGGGCAUUACGCUCCCGCGGGCCCCGGUGGGUACCCCGGGCAACAGCAGCCUGCCGCCCCGCAGCAGCCGUAUGGCCCGCCGGGUGGCGGCCACUACGGCGCCGCCCCGAGCCCGUAUGGGCCCCCGGCCGCUGGCCAUCCGUAUGCUGGUGCCCCAAGCCCGUACGGCGCCCCGCAGCCGGGCGGUCCCCCGCCGUCUGGGCACUAUGGCGGUGGUUACCCUGGCAGCGCCGGCACUCCGGGCGCCAACAUCCCCUAUGGCGCCAUCCCGCACAACCCCUAUGGCCCGCCCCCGGCACAGGUGUAUCCUGGUGGCGGCUACCCCAACCAGCCCAACCGCUAUUGAAUGAGUCCCUCUCCUCCCAUGGCCGAGGGUCAGUGUCGGUGUGGGUGUAUGUACGGAGUCAGAAGUCGCACGCGGGGAGAGACAGAGGGAGCAAGGCGGCUGAGCAGCAGAGCAUGCACGUGGCCCAUUUGCGAGAGGUGGCGGCCUCUUCCGGACCCUCCUUCCCAUCCCGCUGCCCCCCUCUCCUCCUGUCUUCUUCUCUCUGCAGAACAUCCCGCCUUGCCCUUUCUAGCGGACCACUUCUCCCUCUCGCCCUCCCUCCGAUGGUGACUCCCCUGCCGCUUCCCGGCAGGGGGGAUGAACAUCGCGCCCUACAUGGGAAGGGGCUGCUCGCGGGGACCGUGCUGUCGGACCUGCACAUACUAUCAACAAUAAAAAGCUACUCAA